ACUAAACAAGACAACUGACUUCUUUUUUCCUUGCGAAGUGAAGAAGAUCCGUAAGCGAAAAAUCUGAGUUCAAGAUUUCGAUCGAUCGAACCGACCAAAAACACAUAUGUGUGAAUAGAUAUAGAUAGAGAUAGAGGAAGGGGAUGGCUUUUAUGGCGGUUUUGGAGUCAGAUCUACGCGCGCUCUCCGCCGAAGCACGCCGUCGGUACCCGGCCAUCAAAGACGGAGCUGAGCACGCAAUCUUGAAGCUCCGAUCGUUGUCAAGUUCUAGUGAAAUUGCACAACAUGACGAUAUACUGAGGAUUUUUUUGAUGGCAUGUGAAGUUAAGACGAUUAAAUUGAGCGUCAUUGGCUUAUCCUGUUUGCAAAAGCUCAUAGCACAUGAUGCUGUAGCCUCACCAGCUCUGAAUGAGAUUCUUGCCACCCUAAAAGAUCAUGGUGAGAUGGCAGACGAAGGUGUUCAACUUAAGACCCUUCAAACAGUACUCAUAAUUUUUCAAUCCCGUCUACAGCCUGAUGGUGAGGAGCAUACUGCCCAAGCUCUUGGUAUCUGUCUCCGCCUUCUUGAGAACAACAGAUCUUCUGACAGCGUGCGGAAUACUGCUGCAGCUACUUUCAGACAAGCAGUGGCAUUAAUUUUUGAUCAUGUUGUUUCUUCCGAGUCACUUCCUGCUGGCAAGUUUGUUCAUGGUGGAUAUGUUUCACGAAGUGCUUCAGUUACUAUUGACGUUAAUCAUAGCAUCAACAACUCCAACAGGUCAUUGGAGGAAGACUUUGUCUCUUUAGACAAAUCAAAGAUGAGGGAGACUCCAACCAAAGCUGGAAAACUUGGGCUACGCUUGCUUGAGGACCUGACAGCUCUUGCUGCAGGUGGAUCUGCCACCUGGUUACGUGUUAGUUCCAUUCAGCGGACUUUUGCACUUGAUAUACUUGAGUUUAUUUUGUCUAAUUAUGUGGCUGUGUUUAGAACUCUGCUACCUUAUGAGCAGGUUCUACGUCACCAGAUCUGUUCACUUCUAAUGACUUCGCUUCGUACCAAUUCAGAGAUUGAAGGUGAAACCGGAGAACCUUAUUUUCGCCGCCUUGUCUUGCGGUCAGUGGCCCAUAUAAUUAGGCAUUAUAGUUCAUCCCUCAUCACUGAAUCGGAGGUAUUUCUUAGCAUGUUAGUGAGGGCUACAUCGCUUGAUUUGCCGUUGUGGCAUCGCAUUCUUGUACUUGAAAUCUUGAGGGGUUUUUGUGUGGAAGCACAUACUUUGAGGAUUCUAUUUCUGAAUUUUGACAUGAACCCGAAGAACACAAACGUAGUCGAGGGUAUGAUAAAAGCUCUUGCUCGGGUGGUUUCAAGCGUGCAGUUUCAGGACACAAGUGAGGAGAGCUUGGUAGCUGUUGCAGGAAUGUUUACUAGUAAAGCUAAGGGAAUUGAAUGGAGUUUAGAUAAUGACGCUUCCAAUGCUGCUGUUUUGGUUGCAAGUGAAGCACAUGCGGUAACUUUGGCUAUUGAGGGUCUGCUUGGAGUUGUUUUUACUGUGGCUACCUUGACAGAUGAGGCAGUGGACGUUGGUGAGCUUGAAUCCCCAAGAUGUGAUUCAGAUCCACCGGCAAAGUUUAUUGGAAAAACUGCAGUUCUAUGCACGACAAUGGUUGAUUCAGUGUGGUUGACUAUCCUUGAUGCGUUAUCCUUGAUUUUGGCCAAAUCUCAGGGUGAGGCAAUAGUGUUAGAGAUAUUGAAGGGUUAUCAAGCAUUCACACAGGCAUGUGGUGUUCUUCGGGCUGUAGAACCUUUGAAUUCAUUUCUUGCAUCACUCUGCAAAUUCACCAUAAGUUCAUCAAAUGAAACUGAAAGGAGAAGCCGUAGUUUGCUAUCUCCGGGGUCAAAGCGGACAGAAGUAGUGGUGGAUCAAAGGGAUGUUGUUGUUCUUACACUUAAGAAUGUUCAGGCCCUAAGGACUCUCUUCAACAUAACUCAUCGAUUAUACAAUGUUUUGGGACCUUCGUGGGUGUUGGUUUUGGAGACUCUAGCAGCACUCGAUCGAGCAAUUCAUUCUCCGCAUGCGACCACCCAGGAGGUAUCUGCAGCUGUCUCAAAGCUUACUCGCGAACCAUCUGGCCAGUACAGUGACUUCAGUAUUCUUUCAUCAUUGAAUUCUCAGUUGUUUGAAAGCUCUGGACUGAUGCAUAUAUCUGCAGUUAAAUCACUUCUUUCUGCGCUCCGGCAAUUGUCACAUCAAUCCAUGGCCGGAACGUUAAGUGGUAUUGCACAAACAUCAAGUCAGAAAACAGGAAGCAUUAGUUUUGCGGUGGAGAGAAUGAUAUCCAUCCUAGUCAAUAACCUUCAUAGGAUUCAGCCAUUGUGGGAUGACGUUGUCGGCCAUUUUGUUGAGCUUGCUAAUAGCCCUAAUCACCACUUGCGUGCGAUGGCGCUUAAAGCUUUGGAUCAAUCGAUUUCUGCUGUUUUAGGUUCAGAUCAGUUCGAGGAGAAUGCGUCAAGACAACGUGGUACCAAAACAGAAAUGAAGGCACUUGAAAUUUCUGUGAUAUCUCCACUACAUGUCGUCUAUGGUUCAUGUUCGAGCAGUGAUGUUCAUGCUGGAUCUUUAAAAAUUCUUCUACAUAUUUUGGAGAGACAUGGAGAUAAGCUGUGCUAUAGCUGGCCAAAUAUUCUUGAAAUGCUAAGAUCAGUUGCUGGAUCAUCUGAAAAGGAUCUUGUCACUCUCGGAUUUCAGAGCCUACGAGUCAUCAUGAACGAUGGGUUGUCUACCGUGCCUUCAGAAUUUCUUCACGUAUGUAUAGAUGUUACUGGUGCAUAUAGUGCUCAGAAGACUGAAUUGAAUAUCAGCCUAACAGCAAUCGGUCUGCUGUGGACUUCUACCGACUUUAUUGCCAAAGGUCUGUUUGAGGGUCCUACAGAGGAUAAGGGAAGAGAAACUCUGGACCACAAGAAUGGUGAAAAGAUAGAACAGACUUUGAAUACUGUUAAAAAAGCUAACCAACAAGAUCCCUCAAUUACCGUAGCUGAACAUGAAAAGUUGUUGUUUUCUGUGUUUUCAUUACUCCAAAAUCUGGGAGCUGAUGAAAGGCCAGAGGUUAGAAACUCAGCAGUGCGGACACUUUUUCAAAUCCUUGGAAGCCAUGGACAAAAGCUUUCAAAGAGCAUGUGGGAAGAUUGUCUAUGGAAUUAUGUUUUCACUACUCUAGAUCGUGCUUCUCACAUGGCUGCAACAUCUUCCAAAGAUGAAUGGCAUGGGAAAGAACUUGGCGUCCGUGGCGGAAAAGCAGUACAUAUGCUCAUACAUCAUAGUCGUAACACAGCUCAAAAACAAUGGGAUGAAACACUUGUGCUUGUAUUUAGUGGAAUUGCUCGUAUCCUGCGUACUUUCUUUCCACUAUUAAGAAGUAUAACCAAUUUUUGGUCUGGAUGGGAGUCUUUGCUUUGUUUCGUUAAGAACAGCAUUGCGAAUGGUAGUAAAGAGGUUGCCCUUGCUGCAGUAGGUUGUUUGCAGUCAACAGUCCUCUCCCACUCCCCCAAGGGAAAUCUGCCAAUGCCAUAUCUCAAAUCUGUUCUUGAUGUUUAUGAUAUUAUUCUUCGCAACCCAACUUCAUGUAAUGAUAUGGUAGCAAACAAGGUGAAGCAGGAGAUAAUACAUGGGCUAGGAGAAGUAUAUGUGCAUGCACAAGGGAUGUUUGAUAGUAGCAUGUAUGCACAGUUGCUUUCUAUCAUUGAGUCUGCAAUCAAAGAAGCAAACAUCACCCAAAGUAAUUUUGAAGCUGAAUUUGGGCAUGUGCCGCCGGUGCAGCGUGUAGUACUGGAGAUAUUUCCACUUUUACGUCCACCUAAUCACCUUCCUUCUCUGUGGGCAGUCUUCUUCCAGAAGCUAUUGCAUUAUCUUCCAAAUUCUGAUUCUUUUGUAGAGAAUGAAGGAGAUGCUGCAAAGCCUGUUGAAUCGAGGGGCUAUACUUCUGAUACUAUGAAGAUGAGUGAUAUCCCUAAUGGGACCACUAGUAACAAACGAGUUGAAGUAGAAUCUCCAUCUUCAAGCUCUGAUUCAAAAAGAGAUUCAGCAACAACCAUCUCAAGUGAUUUGUUUGCCGAAAAGCUAGUUCCUGUCUUGGUAGAUUUGUUUAUACAGGCUCCAGUAGCAGAGAGAUCUAUUACUUUUCCAUACAUUAUUCAAGGUCUUGGAAGGUGCAUGAUAACAAGGAGAGAAAAUCCUGACGGUGGACUUUGGGGACUAGCUGUUAAAAGCUUCAACCAAUUGCUUGUUGACGACAUUGAGAAAUUAGCAUGUCUAUCAGCGCCUGAUCUAACCAAUAACAGGCAUGCGAGAAUUCGUCUUUGGAAAGAAGUUGCUGAUGUCUAUGAAAUAUUCCUUGUAGGCUAUUGUGGGCGUGCCCUUCCUUCCAAUUCACUUGCUGCAAUAUCAAAGGAGGAUGAUGAAUCCCUUGAAAUGGAACUAUUAGAUGUUUUGGGAGACAAAAUUCUGAUGUCGGACAUCGAUGCUUCUCAUGAUAUCUUGGAACGGUUGAUAAUUACCCUUGACCGAUGUGCUUCUCGGACAUGUUCGUUGUCUGUUGAGACAGUGGAGCUUGUGCCUCCUCACUGUAGCAGAUUUUCUCUGACUUGUUUGCAUAAGUUAUUUUCCUUGAGCAGUUACAACAAUGAAUCAAGUGUCUGGAAUCAGACUCGAGGAGAAAUAAGCAAAAUUUCCGUCAUGAUACUUAUGACAAGAUGCGAAUUCAUACUGAAGAAGUUUUUGACUGACGAGAAGGAAUUAGGUGAACGACCAUUUCCGUCAGCAAGAAUCAGUGAGAUUGCAUUUGUACUCCAAGAGAUGGCACGUGUUGUCAUGCAUCCAGAAACGGCUUCAGUUCUUCCAUUACACCCAUAUUUGAAGGGUGGUCUCGUAGAGGAGAACCCCGACCAACGUGCACAUUUGUUUGUCCUUUUCUCCCCCUUGUGUGAGCUUGUUAAGUCGAGGAAUUCUCGAGUUAGAGAUCUGGUGCAAGUUUUACUUAGGCUUGUGGGCACACAACUGGGACUGCAUAAAAUAUGCUUGACAAAUUGAGUAGUAGCAAUAGUAGUAAUUUGUACAAACAAGUGAUAGUUGUCAAAGUUUUGAUGUUGGCUUUCUUUCUCUAAUUCUAUUCUUUUGUUUUCAUAAUUGUAAUUUUUAAUGUUGGGUUAUUGGCAUGUAUUUGUAAGGGAAUGAAUGUAGGUGUGUUAUGAUGCACUCAACAACCAUACAUGUUU